GCGUUACAUGUGAAUCUUUGAACCUUGUCAAAUUGCAAAAAGUUUCCUGUGACAACAUGAAAUCAUUUUCAUUUUACAUUUUGGUUGGAUUGCAACUGGAAUUUAAUUUUAAUUUACACUUCAUUACACUUUCACGUUUUGGAGCUCGGAAUGAUUGGUUGACUUGUUUAGAAGUUCUUAUGCUGUGCGGCGGCCAGAGGCCACGGCCUCGGCUGGAGUCACUGGACUUGGUGUGUCUGAUGGCCAUGCUCGUUUGUUUGUUUACGUGGCCAGCUGUGUUCUGUUGUUGUCUCUCAGCUUGCGAGAGUCGCGUUUCUGGUUGGCUGGAACUUUGCAGGCUGGCGAAUGGGAUUCGAGCUUGGAGUCACGUGACUGGUGCAUGGAGAAGGUCACUUGCACUUUCACUUCACAAAUGUCAACAACUUGGGCUUUUGCUGCUGAUUUAGCACUUGUCUUGGUUGGCGAGCGGACUUGAAUGAUGAUGGUGCGAAAACAAGCGGAUUUCCCGGUCUUGAAGAACUGUGCACAGGCACAGUGCGAUUCUUGCGAAGCUGCGGAGAUAUUUUGCGAGGAAUUUCAACAGCAGUUACAUAAUAGUGAGCAAGACGAAGAUGUCGGUUCUUCUCCUGCCGAGGGCUAUUUGUGUUUCUUCUUGCGGAGCGGCUGGCUUCCAACUUGGUCCACUGAUGGAACUGGAUGUUGUGCUUGGGCUGCCACUGGAAGUGGGUCUUGUGGUCCGGACAGUGGACGGUGGUACUUGUGCUGCGCAGUAGUGGUGAGACCAACUUGGACUGUCACUGGCCUUGUGUCAGUCCUAGUCAGUGCUGAAGUUCCGUCGAGGGCGCCAUGACUGGUCGUUUGUCGACCCAUCUUGCAGACCAGCUGAAGGUGGAGUCGGACAACUCGCAGAGCAAGGUGGCUUUUAUCUGCCACGGAGUGGACGGCAAAUUCUGAUGCUGUUGGCAGCGAGACAUCUGCAGUCCUGGCUGGGCAGAGGCUGGAGAGGUCUGCUGUCGGUGAGUGAUGUACACCUGAGCAAUGAAAUGCUCCCAUCUGCUGAAAACUGGAGUACUGGCAAAAGGGAGGGAUUCAUAACAAUUGUGUAAAGAUGUCACUUUUCGAUUGCCAUUCGGGUGCAGUUUUAUGGCGGAGGUUUUGCUUUGCAUUUGUUUUCAGAGUACAUUUAUAUACAAUGGUGAAAAAUCAUAAAAUUUAUGGCAUUUUUUUUUUAUACAAUUAUAAUACAAAAUUAAAAUGUGCAAUUCCUUAUAAAAUUUUAAAUAGCCACAACAAUAAAAUAAAUUGGCACCU